UUAAUGGAAAAUAAUAUCUCUCUCUCUCUUACUCUCAACUACUAAAAAAUAAAUAUAUUUUUCAACAAAAGUGAAUUAAAUUUUAUAUGAAGAAAAAGAAAAAUUUGAUUCUAAUUUUUGAAGUAAUGCUAUGAAAUAAGAUACUUAAAAUAAACUCAAUAUGGCCAGCGAUUCGCAAAUUGUUUUAGCAGCAUCAAGAUUUGAGGAAACAGCCAUGCAUUUAAGAGACUUUUCAAAAGUUGAAAUGCCGAUGGUAGCGAAAAUAACAAAAGGACAGCACUCAGGUGUUCUUGGUGUUCCAUCAUUAUCGAGUCCAAACCUUUGUAAUACAGCACUCUUCCUAAAUGCCGGCAAGAAUUUUCAAAUUGUAGCGCAGCCAAUAAAAAUGAAAGAAGGAAAAAAGUCAUCGAGUGUGGGUUCAAAGAUCAUUCUAAUUCCUGACUCAUACAAUGGAUUUUUCGAGUUACUUAGCGAAGAAGGUCGAUCAACAAAGCCAUUUGAGAGUGUUCUUGAGCUUUCGCGACGUCGCAAUAUACACGAGAAAGUAAUUGUACGCGAAACUUUCGUAAUCAGAUUGAACAAUACAAAUAAAACUUUAAAUGCUGGUGAAAUUUUAACUCCAAUAAGCGAUGAUGGAAAAUUUUUGCAAUGUAGAACGAGUAAAAAUCAAUUGAUUUCGUUGCCUCUCGAUUGCAAAGCAAAAUUUUCUCCGUUAGCUAAAGAAAAAGAGGAUAGUAUAAGUGGCGUACAUACGGUAAAAAAUUUAUUGAAGAAGCGAAUGCCACUAAUUGUACGAUUGAUACAUGGAAUGCCCCCAAAAGGUUUAAAAUCGUCAUUUGUGCCAGAAUUUAGAUUAUUAGGUUUCAUAGAAGUCGAAAAUAAUAUUUUUGCUCUUCCACUACAAAAAGAUAUAGAAUUGAUCUCAAUUCCACUCAAUACGAAGUUAAAGAUGCAAUGUGUUAAGAAUAUAGCGCAAUUGGAGAACUUUACGGAAUUUAAAAGACUUGUCGAGAGAAGCAUGCGACAUUUACAGGAUGUUAAGAGUCGUCUGCAGGUGAUCGAUUUGAAAUUAUACGAUAAAGAUGGAAAUAAUAAGAAAGAGUCUGUUCUAAUAACUGAAAGUCUUCUUGCUAAUGGAUAUGUUCUCAAGAAAUCAACAAAUCUAGAAGUAAUAGCGGAAACAAAGAGUAUACAACCAAGUCAUGUUACAGCAUACGAAUAUGAUGAAAUCGAUCAAAUAUAUGAUUACGUGCGUGGUUUAACAUCAUUGCCAAAAAAUUUAAAUAACUUUGAGUCAUUGUCUGAAGCAUCACCGAAACUGCCACAUUCGCCACAAAAGUCUAAUAAUGAGUUACGUCAAUCGAGCAGUAGUAGUAAAGUAGCCUCUUCUCACAAACGAGAAAAUCAUCAUAUAUUUAAUUCUGAUAGUUGGAUUAAGCAUGAUCUAUUCGAAAAGCCAAUACCGCCGUCAUUAAAAACAAUUCCAUCAAAAAAGCAACUUACACAAAAGCGACCAACACUCAUAUUUUCACGUUCUAGUAAUUCACAUGGUGCAAAAAUCUCAUCGCCACAAAAAGAGUCAAAUGAUUUGAGCCCACAAAGUCCACUGUUUCACAUUAGAUAUAAAGGAAUUGGUAGCCUUAGUAACUUGCAAACCACAUCUGACGUAGUUGUUAACUCACCUAGUCAGCAGCGUGCACCAUCAUCGAAACCACAACAUGUCAUACAUAAUACAUAUUCAUUUAAAAACUUUAAUUCUCAUGAUAAAAAUUAUGAGUUGAAGAAAAGUUCAAGUACAGGAACGACAAAUUUAAAGAAAUAUGAUACGCUCGACUCAUCGACAUCAUCCAAUUCGAAAGUCCAUGAGAGAAGUCGAAGUGUAAACUUAGGAAUAUUUGAUGUUAUGUGGCAUAAGAAGUCACAUAAAAACAAGAAUAAGUACUAUGAUCGUACACUGUAUUUAUAAUAAUCAUGCUCAUGUCUGAUGAUGAUGAUGUCGAUGAUAGAAUAUUUCUUUAAAAUUGAAUUUCAUUAGUAAUUAAUAAUAUUAAAUGAAGAAAAAAAA